UCUUCAAAUCUUUGUCACCGGACAGGAAGCCUCUUCAGCCUCAUCGAGAAUGUUUAGCAAUCUCGAUCAUCAUUGGAAGUUUCAGAACGACCUAGUCAUUGAUUGGUCGACUGAUGAGACCACAAGACCUCUUCAGAGGCUGGAAAAUGGGCAAUUGUUCGACAUGCCCUGCUUCGCCUCUGACUGGCUGGAUGUCAUCUUGGAUCAAAUACAAAUCAACCUGGGAGCCCUGGUCGAGUCAUCUUACUGCUUAUUUAAGAGACGCUGUGCACUAUUUCUUCCAGCAGUGAUUGUGUCUUUGGCUCGAGGGUUUGCUUCUAUUAGACACUUCGUCUUUAGUACAUACACAAAACCACCCAUGCAUCUUUGAAAUAUCAACCCCCUUUGCAAUGGUCUUGACAUGAUGGACGCGACUCCUCAAAGGCUGAAUACAGAUGACGUCUCGAGCAAUAAUCCUGUUCCAAAUGACGGCCCCCCUGCCUACGACGCGCUUGAAGAAGACAUCAACCCCCCAGUAUAUACUCAUAUCGAACGACCACCCCUGCCCAUUCGAAGGUUGAACCUCUCUCGCAGUGCUGGAUCACCUGAAUACAGCACAAUCACUCCAGGCCAAUGUGUUGCGCACCUCAAGUUUGUAGCUGUGAUUUCGGAUCUACGGGACAGCAUAAUCAGCAACGACGGUCUUUUUGGUAUCAACGAUAAUGAUGCGGAUGACUUUCUAGAACAAAAGAAUGAAGCACUUGUCCUGCUCAGAGAGAAGCGGUGGGCUAUAUAUACGGCAAGGGCUGUGGAGCGUUACACGGCUUGGUGGAACAACUACGUCCCAUAUUCCAGUCCGCCCCCGAAGCUCAAAGAUAUUGAAAGUAAGGAAUACGGCAAGAUAACAGAAUGUGAAACUCAAGUCCAAUGGUUCCAAGAGACUAUGCCACCUCUAGAUAUUCUUAUGGUAUGGCAUUCACACAUGCUUAAUCCGAGAGCAUUUCUGGAAGACUGCAUUCGAUACGGCAAAAUGAGCCUCUGGAAAUCUGGCUUUCCUUGGUUGGCCAUUGACACAUGUAUCAAUAAUCGCCUAGAAUAUCAAGUGAUAGACGUUGCGAAGAGCUUUUUCAAAACAACGACUGGCUUGGAAUGGGAUAAUACCCAUGACUCGCCGAGCAAAUCUGUGGAUUGUCCUAGUUGCGAAGAGUCUGUAUCUGUCCCAUGGACUGCUGGAGGAGUCUGCGCUUCGAUCCCCCAGAUAUUCAGGUCUUUUCACGGUUAUGCAGACAAGAACUUCUCAGCCACUUGUCCUCACUGUCAAAUACAGAUUGAUCAUGAACUGCUUAAAGUCGCCAAAUUCAGAAGAGAUGUUCGAUUAUUGCUUGAAAAGGACUUACCAAUGCCAGGAACAUUUUUUAACCUGAGAGGCAUCCCAGAAAGUCACAAUAGUGGCUCGGGCUGGUACAACCGUCAAUUUCCAAAUCGGUUUCUACAAGCAGCAGGCAAGCAUAUGCUUAGCACCAUACACCCAUGUCUAAAUCAAUGCAAAAAUAUGAUUGCGUUACGCGACGAGUUUGAAAAGACAUUCAAAAUAGAAAAAAUCCGCCGAGCCGCAAACUGCGGUUUUCGAGAUUUUUCUGUUCGACUAGCAGAUAGGAUGACCUUUCGACGGAUGAUGUCCCGCUACUGGGACAAUGAAUCCCCAUUUGCUCUCGACCUGGUUGGAGCCGUCAUUCGCCAGGGAAGCUUUAUUCAGAAGAUGGACAAUAUCGACUGGUUACACUCGCCAGCACUCCCGGAAACCAUGUCUCGUCUCGUCAAAAAGUAUUCGAUUUUCUUUGCAAUCAUGACAUCGGCGCCGCGGCGUAUGGCCGUGCCAACAUUGGAUGUCGAUCUGGCCUGGCACACUCAUCAGCUUACACCGUACCGUUAUUUCCAAUACUCAAUAAAUGCCUGGAGGGCAGGCUACCCUCCGAUUUUCAUUGACCAUGAUGAUAAGGUAGAUGAAGUCAAGCUUUCGGACGGCUUCGAAUGGACAUCCAAGAUGUACAAGAAGUUCACAGAUGGCGAAAUCUAUAGUGAAUGCACAUGCUGGUACUGCGAGGCCGUUCGAGCCCCCGACCUCCGCGACGGCUUCUUCGUCUCUUCUAGCACAUCCAGAGCCCGCAAACUUGCUGCUGAACUUCACAGUCGACCUGACAUCUCGCCCAACCCAGACAAAAACGCACACAUCUCCGCUCACAGCGCAGUUCGGGCACAACUUCCGUACCAUCCCGCAGACAUCAGGCGCAUGAAAGCUCUGUAUCUCAAAUGCAAUUAUGAGAAGGCAUGCCGUCGUGCCCAGAAGCGAGGCUCGUUGAGCGGGAAGACACCCGACCCGCCUACAGACAAAGGGCGUUCAGAAAGUAAUGGUAAUAACGAUCCCACUUCAGCCACAGGCAGUCGGAGAUUUGAGCCAGCUUUCGGGCCCCAGAUCUGUGUUGGCGCCUACGCGGCGAACCCGACCUGCAUGAGUCUUGCCCCCGGGAGUUAUGGAAAUUGCGCCGCGGGUACAUGUGGAGGCAAGGUCGCGGCUGGAAGCUGUGGUGCAAUGGGAUCAUAUAGUGGAUCAGCAGCCUGCGGAGGCGGAGGAAUAGGUAGCUGUGGAGCAUCAGGUAGCUGUGGAGGCGGAGGAGGUGGUGGUUCUUGACUUUUACUCGACAUAAGUGAUACUUUCCUGCAUAUGGUACCCUAUGGAUCUGUCUCUUCAUCGGCUUCUGGCUUUCGGGUGUAUGUGCCUACCCCCGGGCAGAGUCUAGCCGGAAUGAAUGGCCAUCAAUCUUAGAAUUUAUUAGUGCCAUAGACCAGAAGAUGAAGUUAAACAGGAAGGAAUUUAUGGAUAAUUCCACCAAA